AUGCUAUGCAAGACGCUGGAGGACAACCACUUUCUGCCCGUAGCAGUGAAAAGAGCACUUCACGAGGAUGCUGUUAGCCAGAUGCCAAUCAGGUUACCGGUGCAAGCCCUAUGGGCUGAGCAUGUGCCAGCUGGAUACAAGUUCGGCUCCUGUGAGCUUACUUUAGAAGACUCAUGGGCCCUUGAGCAAGCGACUAGGAUGCAGAGCGGCUCUACAACAUGGAGCUUCGAGAGAUCCAAGCGCCUGACUGCUUCGCACUUCGGAGAUGUGGUGUCACGGAAGAAGCCAGCUGACGAGAAGUUUUUCAAGAGGCUGUUUGGGUCUAGCCAGAUGCAGACCAAAUACAUGGCUGAUGGUUUAAGGAAUGAAGCUGCAGCCGUGCAGCGUUACAUAGAGAAGAUAGAGGUCCCAGUUAGGAUUUACUGUUGUGGGUUGUGCGUCAACCCUGGUGUCCCUGUUCUUGGUGCGACGCCAGACCGUGUUGUACAGGAGGGAGGAGAUUUUGGUCUCCUUGAAGUUAAGACCCUCUCAGCUGCCAAGGAACGGGGUGAUGAAUUAGAAAAUGCUGUGAAUACGGCAUCCUACCUGAAGAAUGGAGUUCUUAAACCGACCCACAAGUACUUUUACCAGGUCCAGGGGCAAAUGGCUUUGACUGGACUCUCCUGGUGUGACUUUGUGGUUGAUAAUGGCACAAACUGCACUCUUCAGAGGAUCACUUUUGACAGCUCGCUUUGGAUUUCACAAAUGCUGCCAUGGCUUCUGGAAUGUUUCAAGAACUACCAAGAGCACUGUGCUUGUGUGUGA